CGCCCCCCGCCCGCGAUGGUCAGGAGCGGCAGCAUGCGGCGGGCCUCGCUGCCGUCCGCGGCGGCGGCGGCCCCGCCGCCGCCGCCCGACUUCACCGCGUCGCCCGACGACUACAGGCUCAUGGAGGAGAUUGGCUUCGGCGCCAACGCCGUCGUCUACCGCGCCGUCUUCCUCCCCGCCAACACCACCAUCGCCGUCAAGUGCCUCGAUCUCGAUCGGGUCAACAGUAACCUCGAUGAUGUGCGGAAGGAGGCUCAGAUAAUGAGCUUGAUAGAUCAUCCGAAUGUCAUCAAGGCCUAUUGCUCGUUCGUUGUCGAUCACAACCUUUGGGUGAUAAUGCCGUUCAUGGCAGAGGGUUCAUGUUUACACCUAAUGAAGGUUGGAUACCCCGAUGGCCUCGAAGAGCCUGUCAUCUGCUCUAUUCUAAAAGAAACACUAAAGGCUCUAGAUUACCUCCAUAGGCAAGGACAUAUCCACCGAGAUGUCAAGGCGGGUAAUAUCCUUGUCGAUAGCCCUGGUAUAGUAAAGCUUGGGGACUUCGGUGUAUCUGCUUGCUUGUUUGACAGAGGUGAUAGACAAAGAUCUAGGAAUACAUUUGUGGGAACCCCGUGCUGGAUGGCUCCAGAAGUUCUCCAGCCUGGAACCGGUUAUAACUUCAAAGCCGACAUCUGGUCAUUUGGAAUAACUGCACUGGAGCUUGCACAUGGUCAUGCUCCCUUCUCUAAGUAUCCUCCCAUGAAGGUUCUUCUCAUGACCCUUCAAAAUGCCCCACCAGGUCUUGACUAUGACCGUGACAGAAAAUUCUCAAAGUCUUUUAAGGAAAUGGUUGCAAUGUGCUUGGUAAAAGAUCAAACCAAGAGGCCAACAGCUGAAAAGUUACUGAAGCAUUCAUUUUUUAAGAACGCAAAGGUCCCACAGCUGACAGUUAAGAGUAUUAUAACUGAUUUGCCCCCUCUAUGGGAGCGUGUGAAGACACUCCAGCAAAAGGAUGCAGCACAUCUGGCUUCUUCCGAACAGGAAGCACUUUCUAUGAGUGAGUACCAACGAGGUGUCAGCGCAUGGCACUUUGAUAUUGAGGAUCUAAAGGCUCAGGCAUUACUGAUUCAUGAUGACGAUCCACCUGAAAUAAAGGAGAAUGAUGACAGAACAACUGAAGUUGAGAAGGAUGUAUCUUCCGAGAGUCAUCUUGGAAAAUCAACACUUCUGAAUGGAAGUAACCAUAGGUCGAAUCAUGAACGAACUUGUGCCACUGCAGUAAAUCCAGGUGGAAAUGGCCCUGAAUCAGAUGAAGAUUUGGCUUCUGACAUUGGCAAUGCCGAUUCUGCAUGGAAGGUUGAUGGAUCAGAAAAUGACUCAUUAUGCUCUACACCGAAGCAUGGUUCUGAGGCGGGAAAUUGUAAAAGUGAAGUUAGACAAAAACAAAGACAAAGAACUUACUCUGGCCCAAUUAUAUAUUCUGGUACCGGCGAUAGUUCCGUCAAUGGAAGAGGUCCUAUUAUUGAUAGGGAUGCAGGAGGUCGAUCAGUAUCUAGUAAACAAAAGAAUGACGCUGGAAAAAUUGAUGAUCUUAGUGGUCCUCUGUCACUUUCAACUCGUGCUUCUGCAAAUAGUCUGUCUGCCCCUAUUCGGUCUUCUGGAGGGUAUGUGGGCUCCUUGGGAGAUAAACCUAAGGUUGAAAUAAAAGGCCGAUUUUCAGUGACAUCCGAAAGUUUUGAUCUGGCAAAGGUUCAGGAAAUUCCAGUGGUCAAAAUUUCACCUAGACCACAGGAGGGAUCUGCACUGAGAAAAUCAGCCAGUGUUGGUGCUUGGCCAGUGAAGGCCAAGCCAGUGUCUAAUAAUCAAUAUCGGAAGGAAUUCUCCAACAGCUCAGUUUCUGCAUCAGUUCUGAUUCCCCAUCUUCAAAACCUUGUACAGCAGACCACAUUUCAGCAAGAUCUCAUCACGAACCUAAUGAGUAACUUGCAACAGAAUGAGAAAACGGAUGGGCUCCAGUCUAGAGUUCAGACUGUGGAGGGUGAUACAAGGGUUGAAACGGGAGGUGCUGGGGGAGAACGGACACUUCUUGCUAAAAUAUUCGAUUUACAAUCUAGAAUGAUUUCUUUAACUGAUGAAUUGAUUGCGUCAAAGCUGAAACAUGUUCAGCUGCAAGAAGAGCUAAAUGCACUGUACUGCCAAGAAGAAAUAAUCGACACGAGAGAGCAGGACAAUCAAGAAGCUUGACAUGGUAAGGCACCUUUUAGUACUACAAGGUGUGCUCUGGUGAGUGCUGACACCUGCAAAGAAAAAGGAGUAUUCUGGUGACUAUACGCUGCCUGCCCUCAGGCUUGCCUUCCAGCGAGGUGUUUGAGAUCUCUAAGACAUAUCCACAAAGAGCUUGAGCAGAGGAGACCGAGAGCUCUUCAAGGUUUAGUAAGAGAAUAUGCUCGUUGAUGGUCGACUGGGAUUUAUCUCGUUGGUCCCCGUUUGUACAUAUUAUUUAUAGUUAGUAGAGUUGUUUAUUUUUAUCAUCUUGUGGUGCCCAUUCAUUUUGGCCGUGCUUGUCAUUCGGUUGGCCAUUGAUGCCAGCCAGUAUAGUUGAGCCCAUUUGAUCGCAGAGGAGUGCUAGAAUAAUUGAAGCUUGAAUGUAUUAUAUAAUAUAUGCCGAAUGAUUUGGAAAAUAUGAGAAAAGAAUUGAGUUUGUAGUGAAUCUAACAAUUGUAUGUGUCCAUUUUAAGCAAGAGAACUGCUCCCGUGUACAUUUUGUU